GCGCCGCGCCGGGAGUCCCGAGCCCGACCCCUCCCCCCGGACGCCUGGCCCGCUCGCGGGACGGAGGCGGCGAUGGUGACUGGGCAGCGGCGCGGGGCCGGAGCCUGGGCAGGGCGGCUCUGCUGCCUCUUUCUGUCGCUGCCCCCGCCCCUCCUCCUCCUCCUCUCUCUCCGCGAGUACUAGUCUGGGCGGCCGCCGAGCUUGGCGCUCUCUCGCCUUGCCGCCUCCUCCCCCGCGCCGCGGACCCUCUCCCCUCCCCUGCGUCGGCUCCCCCUCCCGCCGCCCCCUCCCGCUCUCCUCCCGCUCUCCUCCCGCCUCCUCCUUCCAGGCACGGCCAGCGGGGGAAGAGCGAGGUGGCUGCGAGGAGGCGUCACUGAAAGCCCUGGCUUGGGGAAGGCUGCGGGCUCGGAGCCGGAGACGCCGAGCUGGGGCAGGGUGAGUUGGGAAGCAGACUCUUGAGUUGACAGCUGGCCUAUGGUUUCUGCAUUUUGUUAGGAAGCACCUCAUGCAAGUGAGGGACCUGGGUCUGCUCACAGCCAGAGUCAGAUUCUAAAACGUGGAGGAAAUGAACUACCCCUUUGUACUGGGUUCAAAUUAAUAAUCCCUGUUAGACUGAAUGUACCUCCCCAGAAGGGCCUGCCUCAACCACAGCUCUUGGUGGCAUUUUCCUGAAGUUGUUCAUUAAGACUUCCCAGCGUUCCUACAGAUAUAAAUAGGUGAGGCCACAGGCAGUGCUCUGGGUCCGGGAGCGCUGUCCCCAGCAUGAACGCGGCCGGCGGCGGGAGUGAAUGACUGCAGCUGCGACUUCCUUCCCAGGCCGCCCGAGCCUCCUUCCCCACCGACUUUCUUUCUUUGAUUAACUCCGUGGACUCCUGACUCUUUCUUCGCCUGGAACAUCAAUAUGUGUCAUGUCAUUGUCACCUGUCGCUCGAUGCUCUGGACCUUGCUGAGUAUUGUAGUGGCUUUUGCCGAGCUCAUUGCCUUCAUGAGCGCAGACUGGCUGAUCGGGAAAGCGAGGAGCCGCGGCGGCGCAGAGCCGGCGGGCCCGGGCGGGGGCUCCCCCGAGCCCUACCACCCCACCCUGGGCAUCUACGCCCGCUGCAUCCGGAACCCAGGGAUGCAGCACUUCCAGCGGGACACGCUGUGCGGGCCCUACGCCGAGAGCUUCGGCGAGAUCGCCAGCGGCUUCUGGCAGGCCACAGCUAUUUUCCUGGCUGUGGGAAUCUUUAUUCUCUGCAUGGUGGCCUUGGUGUCCGUCUUCACCAUGUGUGUACAGAGCAUCAUGAAGAAAAGCAUCUUCAACGUCUGUGGGCUGUUGCAAGGAAUUGCAGGUCUAUUCCUUAUCCUUGGUUUGAUACUCUACCCUGCUGGCUGGGGUUGCCAGAAGGCCAUAGACUACUGUGGACAUUAUGCAUCUGCCUACAAACCUGGAGACUGCUCCUUGGGCUGGGCCUUUUAUACCGCCAUCGGGGGCACAGUCCUCACUUUCAUCUGUGCUGUCUUCUCCGCACAAGCAGAAAUUGCAACCUCCAGUGACAAAGUACAGGAAGAAAUUGAAGAGGGGAAAAACCUGAUCUGCCUCCUUUAGUUUGGAAAAGACAUUAAUGCUAUUUUCUCCCUUGAGUAAUCUUGUGAAACAGUUCACAGUUUCAUCAUUUGAGUCAAGUGGAGAACCAACCUUUACCUACCAAAGCCACGUUCCACAGCCCGAGGCUUAAACAGGACCAGUGAGAGGCCACAUCCAGCUACGCAAAGUUACUGGACAUGCGGUCUGCAGUGGACAUGAUAAGGAAUGGAACAUGAAAAUAGUAUAUAAUCCCUGACCUGGAGUUACCAAGUUCUGUCAGACUCCAUCUCCCCCAGGUUCAAUGAAGGAUAAUAAUCUAAAUCAUUAGGGCAGCAGUUUCUCUGGUAACGGAAGAGACCAUCCGCCAGAUUUGCAGGCUGCUUCUGCUCCAACGCUGCUUGUUUGUGAGCAUCUCUGCCUCAGAAUGGGGUUUUGGGUUGGAGUUUUUGUUUUCCUCUGUUCUUUCAAGGCAUCUCAGUUGGAGACGAACAAAAACCUAUAAAUCUUACUGGGGACAGGAUGUGUUUGCUAAAGGGCACAGCAAGAUACUGUCUUUUGCUUAGCUGACCAAAGGGGUCAGCAGGGGUGGUGUGGAGUCAUGCUGUGGAACUUAUUCUAGGCUGAAUCCUAGGGUAAGGUGGAUCAACUGAACUGUCACUCCAGAGAUUUUAGAAAUUUGAGUAAAGAAACAAUAAGGACCUAUACAAUCAUAUGAGAACAAAAAUAAAUAUGAAAUCUUGCUAGUGAAGACAUAUUUUUUCCUCUUCCCAGCAGCCAGGCUAGCACCAGUUCUGGCCCAGUGUCCUCUUCUGGAGAGCACAUGUUUUUCUCCUAAGGUUAGGAUUGUGCUUUGACUGCCAAAAGGAAACCUCACUCUGUUUCCUCCUUCCAGGGACUGAGGUCUCCAAGCCAGCUGCGGCUCAUUCAGAUGUUCACUGGGAGGACUUGCCAGAAUCUCAGCACUUGGGGGGAGCCCUUUCCUCCCUGUUUGGUGACCGUGCUGUAGUCAGCUCUAUUUCCAAUCCCGACAGUAGCAGAAUGGCAUUCUACAACAAAAAGAAGCUAGUUGUGGGAGUUAAGUUUUUGUAGUUACUGGUGUUGAUCCUGAAAGCACACUGAGAUAACAUUAAAUUGCUGCACCUGAAGAACUGCAGCUGAGACUUUAAUUAAUUCCAGGAAAGUACAGAGGACAAAGUUAAUUCAAAAAGAGGAGCUAGAUCAAGGUCACAGCACUGCCUACACCUGUUUACAAAAAGAAUCAAAUACCACUAUGAAUAAGGAUUCAGGGGCUUUUAAACUACUUUCCUAAUUACCAAUAUCACUGAUUCAGGAAGACAGUAUCUCAGAAUGACCAGAGCAUCGCAGAAACAAGCUACUCUGACAUUAUGGGAGCUUCAAAAUUGUAUCAUGAUACAGAAAUACUCCUUAGCACUUUAAGAGAUUUCUGGAAGGGGAAAAAGUGUAGGUCUUUGGGUUCAUUAAUCUGCUCGCUUGAGGACUUUGUUUUGAAAAAGUACCUUCUGUGGACAAGGUAUUGUGUGUUAAGUGCUACCAGCUAUACAACCCUGGUUCAGAUUUUGCAACCUUGCCCCAAGUGAAUCAUGUUAAAGCUGUCUGAGUCUAAAGCACCAUAUCGUGGUGCAGAACAGAUCAUUAUACAGAGAUGGAAUGGGACAACUAAAGUUUUACUGUAUUCUGGUUUUGGGCCUAUAUGAGAAACCAUCUUAUCUCACAGAUAAGGGCUAAGGGCAAAAGGGGUGGGAGGUGUUUGUUAGGCCUUAAUGAGUUUCCCAUUCCUGAACCAAAAUUCAAAGUGAGCGAGAUAUAAAUCCUGUGAUUUUGGUGAAGAAAAAAAACGGGUAUCUUCAUAGCAGCCUAGGAACCAUUAACCAUAUCUCUAACACCACCCAGAAAGAGGCUGGAGGAGCCACUGGACAAAGCUCCUGUCUCUGUGUGUACAUUUAUAAUGUUCUAACCAAGUCUCAAACCUUGGCAAUAAUUUUCAUUAAAAGCAAUCCCAUUCAUCAGACAAAUCUUCAUGGAAAACACAAAAUUUUUCCAUAAAUUUAUCAGAAGACUCACUUUUUUUUUUUUUCUUUCUGGGACAGAGAAACCAUUUUCUGACAGUAGGUUUACAGUCUCAGUGUCCUUACAAGUUAAGUCCUAAGCUCAGAGGAUCCUCUGAGCAUGUCCAUCACCUGCUCUUUGGCUAAGGCGGCAGUGUACCUCUAGAUCAACCUGGAAACAGUCACAAGGGAGUGUGACUUCUUGGCCAUAAUAAAGUCACUUGACAGUGUUUAUGUUAUUAAUUUGAACACACAGAAGACAAAAGCACAGGUAUGCACACACACACAACCCCAAACCACUAAAAACUACCUAAACACUGAGUAAAUAGUAAAAAGGUAAUGUUGGGACUUUUAAACCUUGAAUUCAUUAGCCAGGCUUGGGGUGAAAGGACCAUCUAAUAUCAUGCUAGUCUAAACCAUACUCUUCCACACAGCUGUUUAAAAACCACUGGGUAUGAGGAAUAUGCUAGAAAGAAAUGUUAAAAAUAGAUUGUUGGCCCACACUUAUUUUUCUAAUAAAUAGGACCAUUAUUACUACCAGGAUAGUCUUAUUUAUUUUGCCUGAAUUUGUGCUUAAAGAAAGUCUCAUGACAGGAUGGGAUGGGCUGCGCUUCUCAGAGAACUCUGAGGCAGAAAUAUUUGCCUUGGAUUCUGUGGAUUUUUUAAACCUGUGUGCUGAUAAUUCAAACUAUGUUGCAUUAAUUGUGUUAGGGUUUUUUAUAGGUUUCAAACAUCUGUGGUGUAAUGAUCCUUGUUAAACAUAUAUUCUGUAAAGUGCCAUAGUCUUUUUUUAUGUGUAGCAUAUUUAAAAAUAUAUAUGUAUAUUAUACAUACACAAGUUCGUGUGAAAGAUGUGCAAUAACAAAGGUGUAUGUAUGUUUUGUUGUUUUGGAAACUGGACAGGAGUCAAAACAGGAAUGUUUCUGUUUUGGCAAAGGAGAGUUCCACAUUUUUGCCUUCAUGGCUUAUUCAGUAACCUAUAAUUUUAAUGCUACACAAAUCUUAUGUGAAGAAAAGACUGGUAUGAAAUCAUUUUCUCCUGGGUCUAAAAUAAUCACUAGCAUAUGUCAAGGUUAAGCCAGCAAGCCAGGCCCAGUUAAUGCUAGUCUUUCAUGUGAAAUGUGAAGCUGCCAUGUUGCCUUUUCUCUUAGUAAGAUAACUAGUAGCUGGUACAUAAUCACUGAGGAGCUAUUUCUUAACAUGCUUUUAUAGACCAUGCUAAUGCUAGACCACUAUUUAAGGGCUAAUCUCACACCUCCUUAGCUGUAAGAGUCUGGCUUAGAACAGACCUCUCUGUGCAAUAACUUGUGGCCACUGGAAAUCCCUGGCCGGCAUUUGUAUUGGGGUUGCAAUGACUCCCAAGGGCCAAAAGAGUUAAAGGCACGACUGGGAUUUCUUCCGAGACUGUGGUGAAACUCCUUCCAAGGCUGAGGGGGUCAUUAGGUGCUUUGGAGGAACUCAGCACCAUUUGAUAUUCAACAGCCACUUGAGCCAAAUAUAAAAUUGUAUUUACAGCUGAUGGACUCAAUUUGAGCCUUCAAACUUGUAGUUAUCCUAUUAUAUUGUAAACUAAUACAUUGUUUGUCUAGCAUUGAUUCGGUUCCUGUGCAUAUGUAUUUUCACAAUGUGCUCCCCUCCCCAGAUCUUAAUUAAACCAGAUUUUGCAAAUUCA